UUAUCCAUAAAGACAAUGUUGUUAAUUUUUCUUACAAAAAAUCAAUGAGCUCUGACGAGAAUUUGAUCAAGUCACAGAUUAAUGACCGGAUUUAAACCAGGUCCUGGCUAGUUCCGGUGUUAACCGUGACUCCUGUCAACUCAUGAGCCGGGCUAGUUUAAUAAAAGUGGGCUCUACCCUCUUCUUUAGUGCAAUAUCAUUGAAAGGACACGCUCUCUUUCACUCUCAGCAACCAGUCUUCUGACUCUUUAUUUUUUCCCCUUUCCUUCUAGGAGAAGAAAGUUUGUUGUGCUGUGAAAAUGGCAAUGACCAAGAAGACAUUGAUGGUUCUGAUUCUGGUUCUGGUCUUAGUGAGCCUUAAUGAUGGAGCCCAGGUGCACCAUGUAGUCGGAGGGGAUCGUGGAUGGCACCCUUAUACUGAUAUUGGUUCUUGGUCCUCUGCUAGAACUUUCAGAGUUGGAGAUAAAAUUUGGUUCACCCGCUCUGCAGCACAGGGUAGCAUAGCUGAGGUAGAGACAAAGGAAGAAUACCUAACGUGUGAUGUGAGCAAUCCAAUCAGAAUGUACACUGAUGACAGUGAUGGCAUCACUCUUGAUGGAGAAGGGGCCCGUUACUUCACAAGCAGCAGUUCUGACAAGUGCAAGAAUGGCCUGAAAUUACAUGUAGAGGUGGUGGUUCCUGAAGCCAGAACCGAUACCACCACCGCACAAGUCGCAUCAGAAGGCUCUGAUAAGGCUAUUGCUGCCCCACCAGAAAGUUCAGCGCCAUCCCAUUUCGGUGCAAGCUUUGCUUUAUUGAUGGCUGGAUUUUGGUUGUCCUAUAUGGGCAUUUAGAUUGGAUUAUCCUAGCUUUUGUAUGCUUCUUGUUUUUGGAUUUUAUGGUAGUGAUUUUUAUGGCAGCAAAAACUUGGAAAAUUGCAAAAUUAUGUUAAUUUAGACAUGUAUUCUUUGGUUUUUCCAAGGAUUAUAUC